UUCGAGUAUAUGGUGCUACUAACUAUCAUAGCCAACUGUAUUGUCCUGGCACUAGAGGAACACUUGCCGUCCAAAGACAAGACUCCUCUUGCAUUGCAGCUGGAUGAGACAGAAGUCUACUUUUUAGGAAUUUUCUGCGUAGAAGCCUUUCUGAAGAUUGUAGCUUUAGGAUUUUGUUUACAUAGAGGCUCUUAUUUACGAAACAUCUGGAACAUCAUGGAUUUUGUUGUUGUGGUCACAGGAUUUAUCACCAUUUUUGCCGCUGCUGGUUCAUCGGGUGCAUUUGAUCUUCGUACUUUGCGAGCAGUACGAGUUCUUCGUCCCCUAAAAUUGGUGUCUGGAAUACCUAGUCUUCAGGUGGUACUGAAGUCUAUCAUCAGAGCAAUGGCACCACUGCUGCAAGUUUGUCUGCUUGUACUUUUUGCCAUUGUCAUUUUUGCUAUCAUUGGCUUGGAUUUCUAUGUAGGAAUAUUUCACAAUGCUUGCUUUAUAAAGGGUGCAGUCACUCGUCGAGAGGAGGAUAUAGACCUGGGAGAUGAAAUAGACAUACGCCCCUGUUCCACUGAUCUUACAGUUGGCUUUCAAUGCCAGACCAAUAUAUCUAGCUGUAAAACUGGAUGGCGGGGGCCUAAUGCUGGCAUCACAAACUUUGAUAAUAUUGGCUUUGCCAUGCUGACUGUGUUCCAGUGUAUCACAAUGGAAGGGUGGACUAAUGUCUUAUACUAUACAAAUGAUGCCUUAGGAGGAACCUUCAAUGUUUUGUACUUUGUACCUCUUAUCAUUCUAGGAUCUUUCUUUAUGUUGAAUCUAGUUUUGGGUGUUCUAAGUGGUGAAUUUGCCAAAGAGAGAGAAAGAGUAGAAAACCGCAGAGCUUUUUUUAAACUUCGCAGGCAGCAACAAAUUGAAAGAGAGUUGAAUGGAUAUCUGGAGUGGAUCUGUAAAGCUGAAGAGGUCAUAUUGAGUGAGGAAAGAACUACAGAUGAGGAAAAAUUGAAAAUAAUUGAAGCAAGACGCCAGGCAGCAGCCAGAAAGAUGAAGCAGCUGAAAGCAGAAGAGAUAGAGAAUGACAAUGAAAAUGAUUUGUUGUCAACUACUGGUCCAGGCAAUUCUUUUACAAAGAGUUUCAAAAAGAGAAGAGCCAGUGCCAAAGGUUCUGAUUUCUGGCAGGCAGAGAAAAGAUUGCGCUACAAAAUCAGACAUCUGAUCAAAAGUCAACUCUUCUACUGGGUCGUCAUAGUCCUAGUUUUUCUGAACACUGUGUCAGUAGCUUCAGAACAUUACAAUCAACCAGACUGGCACACACAAUUUUUGUAUUAUUCAGAAUUUGCAUUUUUAGGUUUGUUUAUCUUUGAAAUGUUCAUCAAAAUGUAUGCCCUGGGAAUUCGCACAUACUUUCAUUCAUCCUUCAACAUCUUUGAUUGUGUGGUAAUUGUUGGCAGUAUCAUUGAAGUCAUUUGGUCUGAGUUUAAGCCAGGCUCAUCAUUUGGUAUCAGUGUGUUAAGAGCACUUCGAUUGUUGAGGAUAUUUAAAGUUACGAGGUAUUGGUCAUCAUUGAGAAACUUGGUCAUUUCAUUGCUGAGCAGUAUGAGGUCCAUCAUCAGUCUGCUGUUCCUCUUGUUUCUGUUCAUCAUCAUCUUUGCUCUGCUUGGAAUGCAGCUGUUUGGUGGAGAAAUGAACUUUGAAGAUGGUCGACCGUCUGCUCAUUUUGAUACAUUUCCAAUAGCCCUGCUGACAGUGUUUCAGAUUUUGACUAGUGAGGACUGGAAUGAAGUGAUGUACACAGGUAUCAGAGCUCAUGGUGGCACAGAGAAACAUGGCAUGUUCUUCUCAGCCUAUUUCAUUAUACUUGUCUUGUUUGGUAACUAUACUCUUCUCAAUGUGUUUUUGGCCAUUGCUGUGGACAAUCUGGCUAAUGCUCAGGAAUUAACUGCUGCUGAAGAGGAACAGGAGGAACAAGAAGCUGUGAGACGGAAGGAGAUGGCAGAACAAUACAAUGCUCAAGGGAUGCCACCACUGGUCAACAUAUGUCCACCCUCACCCCAGAACAAUGAUGAAAACAAAACUGCCAAUUUCAACUACACAAGCAACAGAGUGGACAUAAACCUAAGCAUGAACAACUUGAAAGACAACCGUGACAAGAAGAUCACCAUGGGGGCUGGACCUGACGUCGGUAACAAGACUUCCUCUGUGACAAUGCCACUGGCUAACAAUACAGAAGAUGACAUGUCAGAUACAGCCAGUACAACCAGCAGUGGUGCAGCUGAUGCUCCACCAAGAGUAAUGAAUCCAACAGAAAAUGGAGGUUUCACUGGACCCAAACCUAUGUUGCCUUAUAGUUCCAUGUUUAUCUUUGGUCCCACCAACCCAAUUCGUCGUUUCUGUCACUUUGUGGUCAACUUGCGCUACUUUGACCUGUUCAUCAUGAUAGUCAUUUGUGCCAGUUCUGUGGCACUUGCUGCUGAGGAUCCUGUGAAUGAUGACUCUCCAAGAAAUCUGAUUUUAAAUUACUUUGACUUUGUUUUUACUGGAGUUUUCACAAUAGAAUUAAUUUUAAAGGUAAUUGAUCUUGGUAUUAUCCUUCACCCUGGAUCAUACAUUCGUGAUCUUUGGAAUAUUUUAGAUGCUACAGUUGUUAUCUGUGCUCUGGUAGCCUUUGUUUUCAAUGACGGCGCUGGUAAAAAUCUGAAUACAAUUAAAUCUCUUCGAGUUUUGAGAGUGUUGAGGCCAUUGAAGACAAUCAACAGAGUUCCUAAAUUAAAGGCUGUGUUUGAUUGUGUGGUCAACUCGCUGAAGAAUGUCUCCAACAUCUUAAUUGUCUACAUUCUCUUCCAAUUUAUUUUUGCUGUCAUUGCUGUCCAGUUAUUUAAAGGCAGAUUUUUCUACUGCACAGAUGAGUCCAAGUCAACAAGAGAUGAUUGCCAGGGUCAGUUCUUCGAAUACAGUGGUUCAUCUGACCAGCCUGUUGUUACUGUUCAGAACAGAGAAUGGAGAAGACAAGAUUUCCAUUAUGACAAUAUUGUGAUGGCAAUGUUGACAUUGUUCACAGUUACCACAGGAGAAGGCUGGCCAAGUGUAUUAAAACAUUCCAUGGACUCAACCUAUGAAGACCAUGGCCCCAAGCCAGUUUAUCGAAUGGAAAUGUCUUUAUUCUACGUCGUCUUCUUCAUCGUCUUCCCAUUUUUCUUUGUGAACAUCUUUGUUGCUUUGAUCAUCAUCACCUUCCAAGAACAAGGAGAGAAUGAGCUGAUAGACCAAGAUCUGGAUAAGAAUCAGAAACAAUGUAUAGACUUUGCCAUCAACGCCAAGCCACACUGUCGAUUUAUUCCCAAGAACAAAAAUUCUGUCAAGUAUAAAAUUUGGCAGCUGGUUCAGUCCACCAAGUUUGAGUAUUUCAUCAUGGUGUUGAUUGCUUUGAACACUGUGGUCUUAAUGAUGAAGUACGAUGUUCCCAAAUCAAAGGCCAGUAACACGGAGUAUGGCCAAACACUUGUCUGGAUAAACAUUAUAUUCACUGCACUCUACACUAUUGAGUUUCUGCUCAAGUUUUGUGCCUAUGGAAAGAACUAUUUCCAUGACCCUUGGAAUGUUUUUGAUCUGACAACUGUCAUUGGAAGCAUCAUCGAUGUCGUCAUCACCCAUGUAUCCUCUCAGAAUUUUAACUUUGGUUUUUUCCGCUUGUUUCGAGCUGCUAGACUAGUGAAAUUAUUACGCCAGGGGUACACCAUUCGCUUACUGCUGUGGACUUUCUUCCAGUCAUUUAAAGCCUUGCCAUAUGUUUGCCUCUUAAUUCUAAUGCUGUUCUUCAUCUAUGCCAUAAUUGGAAUGCAAGUAUUUGGUACUAUUAUUUUAGAUUCAAAAUCUUCCAUUACCCGUCACAAUAACUUCCGGAGUUUUUCUUCUGCAUUAUUGCUUCUCUUUAGGUGUGCUACAGGAGAAGCUUGGCAGCAGAUAAUGCUGUCCUGCCUGUCAGGUCAAGCUUGUGACCCAGAAUCCUUGCGACCUGAUGACCCACCAGACAUGGCUGAAACAGGAUGUGGUUCAGAUAUUGCUUACAUGUACUUUGUCUCAUUCAUAUUUUUAUGUUCAUUUUUGAUGCUUAAUCUGUUUGUUGCUGUCAUUAUGGAUAACUUUGAUUACUUGACCAGAGAUUCCUCUAUAUUAGGACCACAUCAUCUAGAUGAGUAUGUCAGAGUCUGGUCUAUAUAUGAUCCAAAAGCCUCAGGCAGGAUCCACUAUACAGAUAUGUAUGAAAUGCUGAGAACCAUGGAGCCUCCAGUUGGGUUUGGAAAGAAAUGUCCUUACAAACUGGCCUACAGGAAAUUAAUCCGCAUGAACAUGCCAGUAGCUGAAGAUGGGACAGUUAAUUUCACAACUACUUUGUUUGCCUUGAUUAGAGAAUGCUUAAUUAUCAAAAUGGCUGAAGCUGAUUUAAUGGACAAAAAAGAUGAUGAGAUGAGAGAAACUUUACGUAAACUUUGGCCAGUGCCAAGCAAGAAAAUGAUGGUUCUAUUGAUGCCACCCAAUGAGGAACUGGAUGAAGGUAAAAUGUCUGUGGGUAAAAUCUAUGCAGGAUUACUAAUAUCAGAAAACUGGAAGGCUUACAAAGCAAGUCAGAAUGCAUCCAAUAACUUCAAAAUGCGGCCUUCUUUGUUCCGUCGUCUGAUGGGCGGAAUGAAAUCAUCUGGGAGAUCCAACCAGUCCUUGGAUUCUGUACAUUCCGAUGAGAAUGAUGGUGGAGGUGGUGGAGCAGGACAUAGCUUCCUAAGGAGGAACAGCAGCAAGCGGCGCAAAGGAGGCGACCCAGCAGAUAAUUCUGGCUUGCAGCCAAGCACAGACUUUUCUGGUGGACUUCGACCUGAACAUGCCUCUGCCAUGAUUGGAAUGGGAAAUCGUGCUGGUGCCAUAUCACCCUCUCUACCUCAAACACCACUAAGUCCAAGAUCUCCACUGGGUGCUUCAAGCCCCUUUGGCUCCCCUCGGACCUCACCUAUACCAUCGUUGCGCUCUCCGUCCCCUAGGAAGUUUGAUGUUGGAUUUGCUGCUGCUGUAGCCAACCUAUGUGAACAAGCUCACACUAUUGCAGAUCAGGAUAGACAGAAAAGAUUUGGUAUAAAAGAAGAUAGUAUAUCAUCUUCAUCACCAACUUUCCGUGGUAGAUCUAGACAAAGGGCAAGGCCAUUACUACAAACUCAAUCUCAAGUCCAAAGUUCCCCGCUACCAAGCCCUGGCGUACCAAGAUUUAAAAAUGUGGGAGAUUCUGGUUUCUACAGGUCCACGUCAUUAGAGACUAGAUCUAGAAGUCCAUCUCCUAAUUUAACUGCAUCUCCUCCAUUGAGGAGUGGCUCCACUAGUUUAAUUCAGAGGUCGAGGUCACCAUCUCCAUCAAUUUCAGCAGCUAGUCCACCAAUGAUUCAAAGGCAUCAUCGUCGAUUACCUAAUGCGCCAUCCCCUAGCAGUAGCAGUGGCAGUGUGACAACCACAUCCUCCCCAUCAAAGCCAGUGACCUUGAAUCUCUCUGAGCCUCGCUAUAGAAACAAUAUAGCUAUCAAAGACACAUUACCUGUUCGGGGUGCCAUAUCUCCUCCAGGAAGAGGUAAUAUAAAUUUUCCAAGACUCAAUGCAUCUCCUACUCAUGUUCCCAAGUUAAACAUCCCAGUCUCUGCGACUUCUUCUGGUACUGCUGUAGCCCCCAUCCCACCUCAUCAUGUGCGACAUGCGCCACCGCCUGGCCGACUAAGUAGACCUGAGCCCUACAGCCCAACAGAGAGAAACAAUUUAAACAAACUCUCAGAACCUUCUCCUUCUAGAUCUAGUACAUUGCCGUCAGCUCACAGAACUAGCGGUUACCAUUAUGAUGAAUGGGGUGGCCAGGAACGUACAAAGGAUGGAGGCCGGGACUCUCGGUCUUUACCACGGACAUCAGUCAGGUCUUUGUCUAGGUCACCUGACCCUCAAAGUGGUGGUCUGCAUGAAGAAAACUUUAUAUCAGCCAGUCAGGCUGAAGGGAACUCUCCGCACUCAAGGGGUAGAAUUGUACCUAAUGGUUUUAAGCACAGAGGGCGUAAGCCUGAAAAGUAUGAAAUGAGAAGUGACAGUCAUGCAGCCUUACACGAAGAUUCUGAUGAGGAUGAUGAUGACUGGUGCUGACCAGACAAGUUGAGCAUUUCAUUUUUCUAUUCCAUUCUACAAGUUAACAUUAUUAAAUAUACCAACUUAACAUUUUAAAAAUAUAUUUUUGUUCAUCUUUCCAAUAUUCUAUUUAGCUUUUACUUAUACACUUUAGUAUUCUAAAAUUUCUAUGUCAAAAUAUCUCAAUUAUUUGUUUGUAAUGAGAAGUAGAUUUAUAUUAAAACAUGGACUUUGUUUUUGUGGUUCAAUUCUGUUUUCAAUUGCUUGACAUUAUUAUAAAAGUUCAUAUAUUACAUUGCUAUUGGUGUGUCUCAUACCUUGUUUAAAAUUGCCUCGUUGAUGCUUUUUAUUCAUGUUUAACUUUGACUUUACUUUGUGUGAUACAAAAUGUGUAUGGAUGUACUUGAAUAGGAAUGUCAUUUUAGUGUCAUUUAUAGUUGGGUUUUUUUUUUUUGAGAUCUUAUAGAAACUUCAAAUUGAACUAGUGAUUCAUCAAGUCCUCAAUUUUCUUUUAUUAUAAAACAAUUAUUUCUUAGUUUCCCAGGUUUGGAAUAUUAAAACAAUUUGAGUAAUUUAUGAUAGCAGUUUCUUAACUUAUAUUAUUUUUUUAGUCUUCUGAAACAUAUUUUCCUUUAAAAGAAAACAGUGGGAAUUUUAAGCUUUUACAAGAAUAAGCAAUUUCCACUUGUAUCUUCUAAUUUUUAUGUUAUUUGAAAUUCAAAUUGUUUUGAAGUUUAAAAUAUUUUUUAAAGCUGAAUAACUUAUUAUCUAGGCCUGUUCUUUCUUUUCAUUCUUUUUUCUCUAAAUUUCUAUUUAAGUAAUCAUGUCAGAUUUAAAUGUCUAUUUUAUAUAAUUUACAAUCAUAUACCUUCUCAUUUUUACUUGUAUUGCCAGUGGAAUCUUCGACAUUAGUUAGUCAAAAUUUUAUUUUCAUAAUUUGAAAAUUUUGGAUCUUUUCUAUAGUGAAUAAAAACAGACACAACAUUAUUCUCAGGCUUAAAUCAAUGACUAAAUUGGAUUUCCCUUAAGACACCAGUCGAUGAAAGAUUGUUGUGCCCAAGUUGUUUAGAUUUUAUUUUGAAAUUACACUACCAGAGAAUUAAUAUCAAACUAAGGACAGAAAACACAAUUAAACUUUAUAUUUUCUUUAUACAUAUGUAUUAAUAAAUUAUUUUUUGUAAAGAAUGUUGUGACAGUAGUGACCUAUAAUGAAAGCUCACAUUUUAGUUUUUCUUGUCAAUGUGUUUGGUACAAAAGUAGAAGAUGGAUUGAAGAUAUAUAGAGAGUUGAACUAUAUACUGCUGAGUAUGUAUGUUUUUGUGUGACUUAACUGACAUGGUGUACCUCAAUAAAUAGACUUAAAACUAAAAGAAAAAAAUCAAUAUCUAUAUUAACACACACAAAAUAUGCUCAUUACAAACUGCUUUAUUUAUUAUUUAUUUGUGUGAUAUAUUACAAUAGCUCUUGUCAGAUGAAAAUUGGAACCAUGGCGUAGCAAGGAAUUUGCUAUCAUUUGGAGGUUUGACCUCUUUGGAGGCCCCUGCAUUUUGUGUAAUAUUUGAUGUAAAAAAAAAAUAAAACACUCAUUUGGGGGCCCCCUUCAAGUGGGGGCCGGGGGGGGGAUUUUCAAAUUCUCCCCCUCCCUCCCCCUACCCUAGCUAUGCCUCUGAAUUGGAAACUGUGAUUUCAUACUAGACAUAGACAUUUAAUAUUUAGAAUAAUAUUUUUGACCAUACUUAUGUUUUGCACUUAUUUAUUGUAAUUCCAUAUCUUUUUUCAUGUGAACUGUACAUUGUGUGUUGUGUAUAAUGUAUUGACUAUACUGGGGGGGAGGGGGAACAUGGACACAUAAUUUAGCCUAUUCUUUUCUCUGUUACAUAGCAUACUGUACAAUAUAAUUUAGCCUCUUCUUUUCUCUGCUACAUAGCAUACUGUACAAUAUAAUUUAGCCUCUUCUUUUCUCUGCUACAUAGCAUACUGUACAAUAUAAUUUAGCCUAUUCUUUUCUCUGUUACAUAGCAUAUUGUACAAUAUAAUUUAGCCUCUUCUUUUCUCUGCUACAUAGCAUACUGUACAAUAUAAUUUAGCCUAUUCUUUUCUGUGCUACAUAGCUUACUGUACAGGUAAAUUGAGAUAGAAAAGAGGAAUGGUGGCUGAGUGGUAAAACACUUUGCUUUUGAACUGUGGGGUCCUGGGUUUGAAUCCUGGUGGAGACUGGGAUUUCUUAAUUUUAGGAUCUUUAGGGCGCCUCUAAGUCCACCCAAUUCUAAUGGGUACCUGACAUUAGUUGGGGAAAAGUAAAUGCAGUUGGUAUUUUGCUGGCCACAUGACGCCCUCAUUAACCAGGGGCCACAAAAACAGAUGACCUAUACAUUAUCUGCCCUAUAGAUCACAAAGUCUAAAAGGGAAACUUUACUUUACACUUAUUGUGGUGUUUCAGACUGUCAUGACUAUGUUUUUGGGUUUAAAACAUUCCCACUUCAUUCCCUGCCAUCCUGCAGGAGUUUUGGAAUAGGAUGGAUAAUCAUCAUUUCUAACAGAAUGUCUGAAACAUUUUUUAAAUCCAUUUUAAAUCUACAACUGGUUUUAGUAGAUUAGGUGAUGACUUACAACUUUUUGAAGCCAAAUAGAUUUCAUAUUUACCCAUGCUUCCAUACAUUGUCAGUUUAGAAUGUCUUUUGUUGUCAUGAAUUAGAACCAUGGACUGUCAUCAGAAGCUCAAAGUUGUUUCUCAUUUUACCGCACUGAUAACUAUUAACUUAGUAUCUCCUAAGAAAAUCAUUCCAUUAUCUUAAUUUAUAAUAUGUAAAAAGUUAUCUGAUUACGUUUUCCUUGCUUUGUUUGUCCUAGUAGAAACUCAUUUAGACAAGAGACUUUUGACCUCCAAAAAUAUCUUCCAUCAAACCUUUGAGCAAUGAAAUAAAUGAGUACAAGCAAAAUAUAUCUUUUAACAAUGUCAAGAGCGUUUAUUUAUGUUUUUUUUGCAUAUAUUGAAUAUAUACACAUGUUUGCAGAUUAAGGGAUGGUUCUGUGAAAUGUAAACAUGUAAGUGAUGUUUAAUAAACUCAAUUUAUUGUGGCCAUAGACCUGAGUCCUACAGUCCAACAGAGAGAAACAAUUUAAAUAUAUAUUGUGGGAAUAUGGAACCAUUCCAAAGUCAUAUUUUUAUUUUAGAUUUAUGAAUUUUAUCUGUGGUAAUUAUCUUAGUAGGAUCUAUUUUAUAUUUUGUUCACUGAAUUAACAACAUUUGUUUAUUUUUCAAAGUUCAGCUAACAUUUGUAAUCAAAUUUUGUCUUCAAUCUAAUUGUUUGUAAUAUAAGUAAACAAAAAAAUAUUUUAUGCCAAGCUAAAAUCUGUGAAAUCAGAAUUCAACUUACUGAUACCAAAUUGAAAUUUGUCACUAUGUUUUGGAUCACUGCUGUCAAGAGCUUUGCUUGUAGUUAGUCCUUAGUUUUGUACAGAUUUUCUGAGCAGCACUUAAUCCCAGAUUUUAUUUCAUUGAUUGUGCCUUUGUUUACUUAAUUGUUUGUAAACAUGUCCACUGUUUUCUUGCUGGCUUACUAAACAUUCAGUUCUAGCAAAAACACGAAUACAUUUGACAUUUUCUCCAACAAUGUUGAUGCUAAUCAUCUUUAUUAUCUGCAAUUAAAUUUGUUUAAAAUUGUGUAUGUUGCUGAACAUUGAUAUUUUUUUUAAAAUGUUGUGUAAUCUGACACAUUAUUCAAUUAAGCACUAAGCAUCAGGUUGCUGUUAUUAUAUUUUUUUAUGAUUAAAAUAACUUUUAUGUAUAAAUAGAUAUAUAGUCCUAUAAAAAAUAAUGAUACCAAGACACAAAGCUAUUAGCCAGAGCAACCUUAGUCUAAAGCCUUUAUAGCUGGUCACAUGGUGUGCACCUAUGCUCAUCUCUUGUUAAGUUUUAAACGACAAACAUGCUAGAUCUAGAAACAGUAAAAAAUAAGCAUCUAGUGUUUCCUUUUAAGCCAAGUAGUGGGAAGCUUGAUCGAGAGGUUAAGUACGCUUGAACUUGGUUUGGCUACCUAUGAAGGGGCUCGAGGUUUGACACCCGACUCGAGCAGAGUUGUGUUUACUGAGCACCUAAAGACACCCCCUCCGCCUCCCAACUCCACAAAUGAGAUUGGACCAUGUACCGCUCUGAGUAUGCUAUAAGCAUGAAAUUAGCAUCAUAUGAAAGCUACAAUUAAUAUUAUUAUUAUUAAGUAUUUGUAUAAAAAUACACCCAGAGAGAGAGUUCAGGAUGAAACCUAGAGAGUUUGCAAGUUUUGUUUCUCCUUUUAAAUAUUGCCAUUUUGUUUGCCAGUUUGUUUACUUAUUUGUCUGCAAUAUUUAUAUUUUUUUUUGUACAGAAAAGCUGCACAGUCUUCAUAUAUAUAAUCUAUAUUUGAAAGUAUAAAAAAAAAUAUAUAAAGAAUUGUUUUAUUUUUUUUUUAUUUGUGGUUUCACCUUAUCUUAUAUGCUCAUUUACGUAAUAAUUCAUGUUAUCACAUUAUGCAUGUCAUAUUUCUGUAUGUUUCUUGAUGCAACAUAUGAAAUUUAUUUGUUUGCUAUGGGGGUUUAAUAGCAGGUCAGAAAAAUAAUAAUAUUUUGAGGAUGAUGUAGUUUGUAGACUAAGGUCUUACUGAGUGAAUGUGGUCCAAGAAUAAAUUAAUGUCUUACUUAGAUACAUGUUGGUGAUUUCUUAGUCAAUACUCCUGAUCUUUGGGAUGCACCCCUUACUCCGAGGUAAAUGUGUACCAGUAUAUCCCUAAAAUGCUUGACUUUUCAGGUUUUGUAUCUGUGAUGUAUCAGAAACUAUAUUAGUCUAUUUAUUGACUGUUUUAUCAUGUAACCAGUUGAAAAAACAGGACUGAUCAUUCUGUGAUGUCAACUUCUCAUGCACCUACCUAUAUAUUAGCAUAUAAUUCAGAGAACAUACUUACUGUUGACUGAUUUUCCAUUCCUUGAUUUUUUUUUUUCUCCCCUGACCAAUGGUUCUCAUUGUAUUUAUUUGCAUUUGUAUUCCAGUAUAAUACAUUUUUUUUUUCUUUUUGAAAAUUAUUUUCAUAUUUUUAUCUCUAUGACAAUAAUUGUUGCCUUUACAAAUAAAAGAAACAUUUGAACACAA